CUCCAGCACAGCUGAAGGUUGUUCCUGUCCUGAGCAGUGAGAGCAUCCCCUGGACACAGGAUUUUCUGUGCAUUAGUUGCUCACAGUCAUGGGUCAGCGGUUCUCUUCACCUAAGGAUGAGCGCCACCAAGAAUUGGCCUCCAGCUUUAACGAAUAUUUUAAGAAGUUUAAAGUAGAAAACAAAAUCAUUCCUCAAGAAACCUUAGCUUCAAUUGAGUUAAACUUGUCAAAAGGAAACAUUCAGGUGGCAAACUCUUCUAUCACUAAUGCAUUAAAAGAAAUUGAUGGCACCCCACUCAAUGUUGCUGUGACAGGAGAGUCUGGAGCAGGGAAGUCCAGCUUCAUCAAUGUCCUGAGGGGGGUUGGGCAUGAAGAUAUAGAUGCAGCUGAAACUGGUGUGGUAGAAACUACCAUGGAGAGGCAUCCCUACACACACCCCAAGAUUCCCAAUGUGGUUUUUUGGGACCUGCCUGGGAUUGGAACCACAAAUUUCCCACCCAAAGAUUAUCUGAAGAAAAUGAAAUUAAACGAGUAUGAUUUCUUCAUCAUUCUUUCUGCCACACGCUUUAUGAAAAAUGAUAUAGACCUUGCCAAAGCAAUCCGCAGGAUGAAGAAGGAUUUCUACUUUGUGAGAACCAAGGUGGAUUCUGACUUGAAAAAUGAGAAGGAAUUCAAACCACAAACCUUUGACAAAGAAAAGGUCCUGCAGCAGAUCCGCAGCAGUUGUGCGAGGACCUUUCAGGAGCAUAACAUUGAGAAACCGCCCAUCUUCUUGAUCUCUAAUAAAAUCUCAUCUGACUAUGAUUUCCAAAUACUGAUGGACCAGGUGGUGAAUACUCUCCCUGUAUACAAACGUCACAAUUUUAUGCUCUCCUUGCCAAGUAUUACAGAUGCGGCCAUUGAAAGAAAGCGGCAGUUUCUGGAGCAGAGCAUUUGGCUCACAGCAUUAGCGACUGCCCUACUCAAUAUGGUCCCUUCACUGAUCGUCUUAACGGGCAAUGAUGUGGAGAAUCUUAGGUACAGCAUGAACCUCUAUCGAGCUGUCUUUGGAGUGGAUGAUGCAUCCUUGCAGAGUUUGGCUAAGGACUGGCAAGUGUCGGUGGAUCAGCUCAAGGCAAAGAUGAAAUCUCCUCAUGUGUUUGAAACUACAAAGGAAGAAACAAUACAAGAAAGACUUUCAAGACUUUAUGAAGAGUUCCAUUUGGCUAAAAGGGAUGUAUUUGCUAAGAAUGUUUAUGUUCAAAAAUUGUUUUACCUAAAAUAUUAUUUCCUUGAUAUAGUGACAGAUGAUGCUAAUGCUCUUCUCAGAGAGAUAUGUGUAAAAAAUAACUUGGUUUCUGAUUAGGCUGAAAUCUUGUAGCUGUCAAAAAUCAGAAUCAAUGACAGAAAAAUUGGACACUGAUAUUGCAAAAUAACAUACUGGGUUCUUCGGACCAUACAGGAUUUAUCCAUACUUAGUGAUCAUAUAUCCACAUUAGCUGUAGCAAGGGGAUCAGAUGUGUGUAAAUAAUCUAGUGUUAAAACUAUCUACUCGCUUUGAAUAAACCCUCAGAUCUAGUCAUUGCACUUUUAUACAACUUUAUUUCAUAUAAGUCAACAUCCACUUUUAGGUUUAACAUUGUGAUGGGUGGUUUGAUCGGCAGACUCUAGAAUCACAUGGGAGAUGAACCUAUGGACUUGUAUUUGGGAAACUAUUUGCUUACAUUAAUUGAGGUGGGAAGCACUGCCCACUGUGGGUGGCCCCAUUCCCUAGCUACUGAUCCCUGACUGUAAGCCACAGAACGAGUAAUUGUACUUUUAUACAAAUUUAUUUCAUAUCAAUCAACACCUGCUUUUAGGUUUAACUUUGUGAUGGGUGGUUUAAUUGACAGACUCUAGAAUCACAUGAGAGGUAAACCUCUGACCUUGCUUUUGCAAAAGAUUUUGCCUAAGUUAAUUGAGGUGAGAAGCGCUGCCCACUGUGGGUGGCCCCGUUCCCUCGCUGCUGAUCCCUGACUGUGUAUAUGGAAAGGGAGGCUAACAUAGAACACCUGCACUCAUGCAUUGCUCUCUGCUUUCUUACUGUGGGUGGAGGGGGACUAGCUGCCCCCAGCUGCUGCUGCAACUCCUCUAUAACCUUGAGUUUCACACCUAUGUCCUCUCUUCAUAGUAAUACCACAGGAAAAGCCAUAACUGGGCUGGAGAGAUGGAUCAAUUGUCUUGCAAGUCUGUAGACAUGAGUUCAGACCCACAGAGCCCACAUAAAGCCAUCUAUGCACCUGAAAUCCAUACACUCCUGUGGAGAGACAGGAGGCAGAGGCAGAGAAUCCUGGAAACUGUGGGGCCAACUAACCUGCCACAUGCAGCUAUUAAAAAGGAGACCCUGACACAAGCAAAUGGAAGGUAAAAACCAGAAUCCAGUGAGCUCUGCAUACAUGCCAUGUCAUGGUAAUCACACAUGCAAAUGCACUCACACAAAAAGAUUUUCCUUAAAAGUAAGGAGGAAAGUGUGGGGUGGUAACUCAGUGGUAUAAUAUGCACAUGCAUGUGACCUCAGGUUAAAUCCCUAGCACUCCAGAAACAGGGUAAAUGGUGAUGUGGAAAGAUGGCUCAGAGGUUAAGAAUCUUUGCUGCUCUUGCAGAGCACCUGGGUUCAGUACAAAUGGAACGCACAUAUUAGCACACAGUAGCCGGUAAUUCCUGUUCCAGGGGAUCUGAUAUCCUCCCUGACAGCCAUUGGACCAGGAACACAUGUGCUUAAUAGAUAUGCUUGCAAGACAAAUAUUCAUACAUAUAAUUAAAGAAAAAUGUAAGAGAUAUAUGUUUGAACAAGAGGGCAAGAGAGAAAGAAGCAAUAACCAUACAGAUCAUAAAAGUCUUAAUAAUAACAGAAAUUCUAAAAAUCGUAUUUAGUCAGAAUCCUUGAGAAAAUACUAAAGAAGCUCUCUAAUUCUGUACCAGAACCAGUGAAGAUGAAGGGAUUUCCCUACUUUAUAUUCAUAGGCUUUUGAAUGUUGUAGUUACUAAAUGACUGAUUUACUCCAUAUCAAUACCAAAAGCUAUUUAAUAAACUCUUUCUUUAAAAAAAAAGACAUUAACUGUUACUUGAUAUUCCCAAGAACCCAUAGUAACUUCACAGUGACUGUCUAUUACUAUGAUUGGUAAUACUCUAUUACUAAUGCAUUUCUAUUGUUGGCUUGUUAUCUCAUUUCAAACUCCCUGGCAUACAUUUGGUCAUCCUUGAAAUAAAAUGUAGAUAAACAGUACAUCUGUUAGUAAGACUGAAGGAGAGACACAGAGGAAAGAGAAAAAUUAUUUAUGGUGAGGAACAGUUUUUUAAAGCAGCUAUAUUCCUAUAGACUAGGUGGAUUAAACAUUGGGAUUUUGUUCUCACACUUCCAUUGACUUAUGUCUGAGAUUCAGGUGCCUGUGUGGCCAGACCCCCAGUAAAAG